AUGCAUUUCCUCCUCCUUGGCGCAACAGGCAGAACUGGCAAAUAUGUCGUAUCCGAACUUCUUUCCCAACAUCACACCGCUGUAGCACUUGUACGCGAUGCCAGCAAAGUCUCUUCUCAGCCUGGCCUCACUGUCGUUACCGGCUCGCCCCUCUCCAAAGACGAUAUCAGCCGUGCUCUUGCAGCUGCUCCAGGCUUGACGCCGUCUGCAGCAAUCAUGACUCUCAACACAGUCCGCAAAUCAGACAGUCCCUUUGCAGCUCAAGUUUCACCUCCUCGUUUUCUCGCAGACUCAUGCGUCAAUGCUUGCGAGGUUCUGAAAGAUGCGGGCAUCAAGCGCAUUGUCGUCAUGUCAACGGCGGGCGUUGGGGACUCAUGGGGGAAGCUACCUUGGCUGAGCAGAGGGUUCAUGAGAUGGACCAAUAUCAAGUACGCUCUGGAGGACCAUAAUCUGUUGGAUAAGGAAAUAAGGUCGACGGACAUGGAUUGGACACUCGUGCGAGCUGUGAGAUUGGAGUUUGGGAAGGAGACGGACAAGGAAGUUGAAACACUGGGUAGUGCUGGUGAAGGGAUGGGUAUGUCUGAUAGUGCGACGCCGAAUAGCGUGGCGAGGUUCUUGGUGAAGGUUGCGGUUGAGGGAUCAUUUGUUAAGGAGGCUGUUGUUGUACGGAACUGAAGAGUAUGACGAAGGUUUGAUUUCUUAGGAUCAAGAGCAAGCAGGGUUUAAUACAGG